AUGCCACCUAUCAUCCCGCCUGCUCUGGCCGCAUUUAUUCAGCAAAGCCUCUCGCCUCACACACAGACGCUGAUAACUCCCGUGCUCAGCACAUCGUCGACAUGGCUGUGUCUCCGUUUCAUCUAUGCGGCGCUAUAUGGGUUCGAGGAUGUCGACGGGGCGCCACAAAUAGGGACGGGCUCAGACCCCACCACCGGUAUUGAAAAAGUCAUCUGUGUCAGUCUCCUCAUGCCCUUGAGCUUGUGGGUUGAGAUGGGGAAGAAAAUGGGUUUGGAUAUUUUGUCUCUACUGAAGAGCACGAGACUCGUAUACGUCGAUGGUCUCACCUGUGGGAAGGCGGCCAGCGUGGGAUCUGGGACUGGAGUUGGAACCGCAACCUCGCAUGCACCUACAACGAGACUGAAGUCCCUGGCGUUGAAUGAUGUGCGAGACGCAUUGGACAUGGCGUUGAAAGCUGUGUCCUCGUCUCCGUCGACGCCUCCGCCUAUAUCGACGUCUGUAUCAGCGACGACAAAGUCUUCUACAGGUCCUGCCCCUUUCCGAAGAUCUCCUGCUUCCACAUCGCUCCCCGGUCCUGACUCCUGCACGAAACCCUUGAUCCUUCUGGACGGCAUCGACUUCCUCCUCGCUUCGCAGCCGUCUAUCACUCCCAUGUCGCUUCAAUCAUUCCUGUUCAUGCUUCGCACGCAGUCCCAUACGUUGGUGGUAACCUGCCAUGCCGACUCGCCGUUGCUCCAUGCCUCUUCGGCUACACCCACAGGUGCCGAUGUUGGCUCACAACUGGAACGCAACCACGCACAUUUCCUAACGAAUCUGGCGCACCAGAGUCGUUGGGUGUUUCAGCUACGAGGUCUGGACACGGGAAGUGCGAAGGACGUCACUGGUGUAGUCCGAGUGAGUCGAGGCGGCGACAUAGGUGUCGAUGACGAGAACGAGGGGAAGCCAAACAUCCAUGCUCUGAGAGGCAGUGAUGUAUUAGCGGACGCUGAGUGGCUUUAUCAGGUCAAGUGCGAUGGCUCAGCGAGCGUCUGGGGGCGUGGUGAAUGA